AGGGCGGAAACGCUUUCCGGUGUAGAUAUACCAGAAAUAUUUUUGCUCUCCAGCCGUUCUGCUGCGGCUCUGGAGCGCUCGGUUGUGUGUUUUUUUAGUAACUCUCGGUGUGUCUGUGUGUGUGUUUGCAGAAGUGCAGGAGGAGAUUGGCUAUCCCGGAUACCAAAACUCAAAAAUCAUAAAUUACAAAGCAUAAGCUAUAAGAAAAACUCUUCGAAAAAAUUUGAAAAAAAUAAGAAACUUAAGAACUAUGAGUUUUGUUUUUGGGGCCUAAGAGUUUAGAGCCCUUGGUGUUGUGUGUUUGUGGGAUUUUGGAAUCCUUCCUUAAAAGCCAGAUCCUGAACUUAAAUACGUGGCCAGGAUGUUGAUCCGCUGGAAGAGCAAAGACAAGAGCGCCUCCUCCAAUCAGGCAUGUGGCAGCAGCAGCUCCUCCUCCAAAAAGAAGCGCAAGGGACGGGAAGGCGAAGAAGACUGGCAGAAUGAGAACAAAUCGGGACGAAUGCCGCAAAACGAGCAGGGAGGUGGCGAUGAACGAAGACGUAACAUGCGACGGGACGAUCCGAGGCGCCACACCCUGGGCGGAGAUAUGCUCGUCUACGGUGGCUCCCAGCAUCCGCACGCCCACCAGAUGGCGCCACAGCAGCAGCGCGCCAUGGACCUGGAGAUGAGCACCAGAGCCCAGAAGAACAAGAAGAACCAGCCCAUGCGGGGCUAUGCGCCCGUCAACCAGGGUCCACUCUUCGACGACGACCCGGGCAUUAUGUCCGAGGUGGAGACGGCCAGCACGGGCUUCCGGCGGGGCGGCAAGCAGAGGUCCUCCCUGCCCGUGGUGCGCACCCCCUCCAAGACCCUGGAGCGUCCGUUGGGCCUGGUCUUCCUCCAGUACCGGUCGGAGACGAAGAGAGCUCUGUUGCCAAAUGAGAUCACAUCGAUCGACACGGUGCGGGCCCUGUUCGUGAGGUCAUUUCCCCGACAGCUGACCAUGUCGUAUCUGGAGGGGCCGAAUGUCAAGAUCUACAUACAUGAUGCCAGCAAGGAUAUGUUCUACGAACUGGAGGAUGUGCGGUCGCAUUUGCGUGAAAUACGGGAUCGGUCGGUGUUGCGACUCUUCGAGUCCACCGAAGUGGCUGCCCCGCCACAGAUUUUGCCCGGUGGUCCUGGCAUCCCGCAGCCCCUGCCGCAGGCUCAGGCACCGAAUGCCAAUGCCUGGGAUCAGGAUCAGAGCUAUUUCAGUGAACCGGAAUUCGAUUCGGACUACAAACACCAGCAUAUUCACAAAUCGAAGAUUGGAAAACAACCGGCACCGUACUAUGUUGGCUCCUCCCAGACCCUGCCCCGGGGCAUGUACUCCUCAGAACGCAACAAAGUCUCCAUGGGAGCGCCAGUGAAACCACUCAGAUCACUCAAUUCAAGGGGUAGCAUGGAACCCCUGUUCCCCUACACCCCGGAUCAGUUAUACAGCAUUCCAGAUGGUUAUACCAGUUCUCCGGAGCGGAGUAGCCGUGGGAAUUACGAGGAACCCUAUUAUAGCCAAUAUGGAACCAGGGGUGCUGUAGUGGCUCCCAUUAUAGACGAAGAACAAAGCGAUGGAACCCUUACCGAGGAUCAGUAUGCUCUCUAUGGAAUAAAGGUGGGACCCAAUCGAUUGCCACAUCGCGGAAACCAGAUCUACGAUCCCACUAGGCCAGAAGACCUGCACCGGAUUCGCGUGGAGCACAUGGAGCGGCAACUGGCCAACCUGACGGGUCUGGUGCAGAAGGCAUUGGUUAAUCAGAACCCGCAGAUUGCGCCACUGGCGGUUCCCACACUGGAUCCCAAUUACCUGGUCGUUCCAUCGCAGAUGCAAGCCAAUGGCUCUGGGGAUGAUCUGUACAUUCGGGAGAAAGCUCCCAAGUUGGGCAAGAACUCGUGCCAAAAAUCCGUGUCCUUUGAGAAGUCAGUGUCCUUUAGCGAUGACAUACAGGGAAUACCCAAGUCUCACAGUCCUCUACAUGCUGCUGAUACGAAGCCAACCAAGCCGGCAAUCAAGUCAUCCACCCUACCGCGCACCUCGUCCCAAGAACGCGAUCGGUUGAAGCCUCCUCCGCCACCCAAACCCAUUGUCUUGGCUCAGACCGCCCAUCCCAGCUACCGGGCGGACAUUGCUCUGGCUCCCGAGGUCUACAAUCAUUUGCGAGGACUCCAGAAGAAGGCCAAGGAUCUGCGUAUGGAGGUACGAACUCUGAGACGCCUCUCCCAGGCCCAGGCCGUGGCCGUUCGCGAGGACAUCAAGGGCACUUUUAUGCGCAUUCGGGCCACACUCUUGGCCAGCAGUGGCAGUUUUUGGAACCAUCAGGGCGAUCAGGAUGCCACACGGAUUUCCAGAGAGGAGGAGCUCUACAAGCAGGAGGUGAUCCGAUUGGAAAAGGAUCUCAGCGACCUGGAGGCCUCCGUGGAGAAUCUACGCGGCGAGGUCAUCAAUCGUAGGACUCGAGUGAACAUGACCGCCGUGGAGGACAUGGCUCUGGUGCUGAGCAGGGCCAGCAAAACCGUGGCCGAGCUGAAGCUCAAAUUCCCAGCUCUGUCCAAUGGACUGCGGUGCAUCCUCUCCAACGAAAUGGAAAAGGUGGUCCGCGAAGAAAAGUUCCUCAAGGAAGAGCCCGACCGCUUGGAGUCGGCGCUACGUCGCUGUAAAAAGCUAACCGGCACCUUAGUGACACUAAAACGCUUGGCAAGUGUGCAGGAACAGAGGUUGCCGCCGAACGAGCCGACCAUCAAUGAGGAACCACCGCGAUCUGCGGAUAUCUCGGCGCCCGACAAGCCAAUCCCAACACCCAGGAUGGGGUCGUUCACUAUCGGCGGGGGACUCGCACCCGAAAACGCACUCGAUGCUCUGCUAGAUGAGCUCAAGACCUUCUCCAAGCCCAUUGCCCAACAGCAGCAGCAACAGCAGCAGCAACAGCAACAGCAACAGCAGCAGCAACAGCAACAGUUGCAGCAACAGCAACAACAGCCACAAUAUGAGAUUCGCCCAGAGGAUUCGGCAUCCGAUGAGAGUGCCCAGGCCGCUGUCCAGAGCACCGUAACCACCCAGAUAUCGCAGGCCCGUCUCUACACGGAGGCCACCAGCGUGCAACAGGUCACCACCAGCAACAUGGUAAUGGCGGUGGCCCAGGCCCAGCGCGGUGUACUAACCCAUCAGCAGUCUCAGUCCCAUAAUCAUAACAAUAAUCAAGUCCAUAGUCCGAAUCCAAAUCCGAAUCUGAAUCCAAAUCCGAAUCAAACACAGCUGAUGGUGCACACAAAUAUGGGCAGUUUGAGGCGAUUGCAUUCGUAUCCGAGUGAGUCGGAUGGCGAGAUGCCACCGAUGGCGACGGGAAUGGCAAAUGGUGGUGGCACCAGUAGCAGCAGCAGUAAGCCGCCAGUGCCGGAACGUAAUGCCGAUCUGAUCACCAAGGUGGGUCACAAGCGUAUACCGCCACCCCCGCCGCCGCGCACCAGCUCACGCAGUCCACUGGCCAGUCCCACCAGUCCGAAUGUGCCACAACAGCAACAGCAACAGCAGCAACAACAGCAACAGGAUGGAGGUGUUGCCGGUGUAGACUCCUCAAGUGGCGACAACUCCAGCGGUAAUGAGUCCGGCAACGAUCAUGUCCAGCGUCAGGUGGCCCUCGAGAUGAGACACCAGGAGCUCUUGAAGAAGCAGAAACUGUUGCAGGAACAGUACCAGAGACUGCAACAGAUGAGCAAGUUGCCGUCGGUGGAUGUGGCAUGCCCCCCGGGAGGGGACAAUGGCGCCAAUACGAACACCCUGCGGAAACUAGGAAGUGAGUCGAAUAUACAACAGAAGAUAGCCGCCCUGAGUCUGGCCUGUGAGGCAAGUGGGGCAGCUGCGGCGGCGGCGGCUGCUGCAGCCGCUGCUGCGGCAGCAUCCACAAAUGGAGGCGGUGGUGGCGGAAUGGUGGUGAUGUCCAGUGAUGCUACGAGCGGUGCGGCUGGCGGUGUUGUUGCUGGUGGCGGUGGUGCAGUUGCUGCUGGAGGCGCCGCCGUUGCAACAACAACCACAACAACAACAACAACAACUACCAAGCAGGUGUACGAGACGGAGAUACUUUAACACAACUGGAAAUUGGCUUGGAACGAGGCUAAAAUCGAUAUAUGAACAGAGCCCCCCCUUCAAAAAAAAAAUAUAUAAACAAGGACAACACUGACAUGGAACAGGACACGACUCUACACUCUACACUCUCCACUCUCUCUCUCUCUCUAUCACACACAAUCUAUCUCUCUCACUCACUCUCAUAAUGUAUGUUAGCGUCUUAAUGUCGUACAUUGAAAAAAAAAAAUAGUAUGUGUUGCACCAUCAACCAUCAUUAUCAUCAUCAUCAUGAUCGUAAGGAUAACGAUAAACGAAAAUCGAAACGAAUUGAAAAUCAAAAAAAGAAAAUUAAAAAACAAGAAAAAAAAGGAUAAAAAAGGAUAAUUGUGCACUCUACAAGGCAGAAGAAUAUUAAUGUAUUUAAUCUGUGUAUUUGCUUACAUUGAUGUACUUGUUGUAUGUUGUAUGUUUUCGUUGUUACCCCGAAAAGUUGCACACACACACACACACACACAUGUUGCACAAUCCCACACACACACACACGCGCGCAGAGAGAAAGGACUCCCCGGGAGUUAAAAAUAAUACCAAAAAAAAAACCUAAAAUCCUUUUCCCAAAAGAAAAAGUUUAAAAAAAAGAUAGCACUUCACACAUACUAUUAGUUACAAGAAAAAAAGGAUCUCCAGGAUGCAAAGGAUUAGCAAGCACACACACACACAGAAGACACACACUCUCAAACCACUCACCACUACUAUUAUGCAUAUGUACCGAAAAAAAAAACACAUAUGUACUUAAAAACAAAAAAAGAAAAUCAUAUAUAAUGUCACAGAUUUUUAUUAUAUCCUUGGUACGGGACGUGAGACUGAUAGUUCUAUAUAUGUAGCUCAUCGAAGAUUCUAAGAUUAUUGUACUUGAAAUAUUUUGUUAGACAAGGUGACUUAGCUAAUUUUUAACCCACUAACCCUUAAACCCUUAAUCCUUGAUCCUUAAUCCUUAAUCCCAAAACCCUUUUUCUCUCUCUUUAAAAGCCUAUUGAAAAUGGGCGAAAAUCUAGAAAGCAUUUAGAAGCAACAUGCAACAUCGAAUCCAGUUACCAGUUGGCCAAAAAAAUCAAAAAAAAAAAAAAAUCAAAAAUCCCUACUAUAAACUUGGCCAUCAUGGGUAGUAUUCGUGGUUGAGAGCUCUUGACUGCAUUUAUAUACCUAUUCACUUAUGUACUAUCUAUGCAUAUAGACUAACACAUAACACAUAUACAUAUACACCACAUAUACAUAUAUACAAUAUAUAUAGUAUAUAUAUAUAUAUAUAUAUGUUUUAGCAAAUCAAAAUGUUUGUAUAGUUAAUUGAGAAAUCGUACAUAGAUUUGUUACUUUACUGCGCUCAGUAUUAUAAGCUUUUUAAUUAUUUCAAAUUUGAAAAAAAAAAAAAAUCAAGAAAAAUUAAAAAAAAGGUAAUAUAAUAAAAAUAAAAUUUGUUGCACCUAUGCCAGAUUUUGAAAGAUAAAAAGACACACUCAAACACACACCCAGCAUACCCCGAAUAUAUUGUUCAAUUCUCAAAAGACUAGGCAUAAGGAUACACACAGGAUACACAGAGAGAAAAAAAAAGUAUUAUAUCUGCAUUUCAUAGUUAUAUAUAUACCAUAUAUGUAUAACCCCCAACACAUAGACUUUUCAAGACUCCCAUCCAAAGAGAUCCCAAAAAACUAAAAGAAAAAAACUGAAAACCAAUCGAAUCGAAGACUAAUAAUGCCAAAAAAAUAUAAAAAUAUUUAUAAACCGCAUUCGAUCGACGAAUAUGUAUAACAUAUAUAUAUAAAAAAUAAAUAUAUAUAUUUACAUGCAAAUCACGCAACGAAAAAGGACACUUCCAUCACAGGACACACACUCACACACACAAACGACGAUUACGAAGAUAAUAAUGAAAAAAGGUCCCUAAAAAAUAAAUUAAAAUUAAAAAUAAAACGAAAAAUAACUCAAGCUAUUAAGUAUAAAGUUAAACAAUGUCCUUGAAUGUGCAUCGUACACCUAAACCAUAAUCCUUAUAAGGCACACACACACACUUACAGGAUACAGGACACUCCAAUACACAUAUAUACACACACACAUACCCCUCCCAUUCACCCACACACUGAUACUAAUUAAGUAAAAAAAUGAAAGCUAAAAAGGAGUCACGAUCCAUUAUCCUGCCACUGGGCAGAAGGAUGCAGCCUCGCAGCAUCGACCGAGUUAGAAAUGCGUAUUUUUUUCUUAAUAAUAAUUAUUCUAUUUGAAUCACAACAAGCCACAACAAUAAAUAUCAUUCGUAAAAUGGAAACACAAAGGA